UUCUCUCCUUGUCUCUCGCGCGUAACAUCGUUGUUUAUCUUUGUUCGACUCACGCCAACGUCAGGUCAGUAACGAUACUGCAUUUCACCGAAUGUUCAGUGUUAUACUGACUACGCGUUGGAGUAGACGUUUGUGCAUAUAGUGAGUGAGAUUUUGUGAAAAUGUUGUCCAGUUCUAUACUGGGUAUCCUUCUGGGGACACUCUUACUUAUUACUUCGGUUCCCGAUGCAGCCUCAUACACUAAGUAUGGAAGGACAUGCAAGGACAUCGGUUGCAGAAGGGAUGAGGUCUGCGUGAUGGCCGAGGAUCCUUGUUCAAUUUACCAACGAGAUAACUGCGGUCGUUAUCCGACUUGUGCAAAAGCUCAUCCAGGCGGUGCUAGUUGCGCAAGCACUAUAUGCGGGGAAAAUGAAUACUGUAAAACCGAAAAUGACGCACCGACGUGCGUGAAAAAAUCAACGGCAGUUGGAUACGAUUCGGCGGGCGUUUCUUACGUAAACGGACAGCGAACCAACAACAACGAGAAUCACGAUAAGACCAGCAACAGCGCUAGCAAUUCGAACCCAUACGCGAAUGCUAAUGCACCCCCGGCCCCUGCUGAUCCAGCAGGAGGAUACCAUCAAGUGAAUUCUGGCAGCAAUUUGGGUUAUCCAGCAUAUCCCAGUAACAGCGCUUCUAACAGCGGUUCUAACAGCGGAUAUCCGCCUUAUCCCUCAUCGAACCAAGGAAAUCGGCAACAAGAUUUAGGAUAUCCGCCAUAUCCAACGCACAACAGAAUGCCAGUGCCUGGACAAUCCUAUCCCGCUAGACAACCUGGUCAAUCCAAUUAUCCUACUUAUCCAGGACAACCUGGUUAUCCAGCGCCGCCAGGAUAUCCUCAACAAUAUCCCGGAUACCAGAAUUAUCCUUAUGCGAAUUAUCCUAAUGCGAAUUAUCCUAAUCAGAAUCGUAUGUAUCACAAUAAUGUGCAUUCUGGUUAUCGAAGAAAUAACGCCAUCAUGCAAUCUCCGUCCUUAAUGAUUAUCUAUUCAGCAAGUCUUAUCAUGGUAUUGGUAAAUAGAUUAUCAUUGUAUCCAACACCAAGACCAGGAAAGAUUAGACCAACUCCACCUACUCCACCACCGAGAUCUUCUCCCAGUGGAUAUGGUGGAAGAGUCAGCGGUAACUCGGGAUCCAGAAACACUAUUGGAAGUGGUUCUAUUUUUAACCGUUUGUUCGGGAAUGAUCGUUAUGGCGUAACUACUCCUAGGAGCCGUACUCAGCAAAGUGGUAACGGCUAUUACGAUACUCAUACCUCUGUGGAUGAUCAGGGAAACCGAAUUUGGAGAUUUUUUGGUGAGAUAGAUAACGAAUUGUUCGCAGAGUUCGAUAGUGACAACAAGAUAGUCAGAAGACGAGAAAGCGCCAGCGACGUGGACUCUUCUGCGUCUGACGUUCAGUCGACAAAGGGAUUGCAAUCGGGAUAUCCAUCUGGAAGCGGAUAUCCUAGCUCUGAUUCUUCCAAAAAUCCCGAUUCAUUCUCCGCAAGUCAACCAAAAUCCGAAAGCCCAACCAGAUCGUCCGGUUAUCCAAGUAACUCUGGUUAUCCUUCGAACUCCAAUUAUCCAUCCAGUGGUUCGUCAGGUUAUCCCUAUAGCUCUGUAGGUUAUCCUUCAAGAAGUUCGGGAUACCCGUCUGAAUCAGGAAGCUCAUCCGGUUAUCCAUCGAGAAGCAGUUCUGGUUAUCCCUCUGAAUCUGGAUAUCCUUCAAGAAGCUCGUCUGGUUAUCCAUCAGGAUCCGGAUAUCCUUCGAGAAGCUCUUCCGGUUACCCUUCGGAGUCUGGUUACCCUUCGAGAAGUUCUUCGGGAUACCCAUCAGGAUCUGGUUAUCCAUCGCGUAGUUCGGGCUAUCCAUCAGGAUCUAGCGGUUAUCCUUCCAGUUCCGGAGGAUAUCCAGCGAGCUCCGGUUACCCUAGCAGCUCCAGGACGAAUGAAGAAAGUGUUAAAAGGGUAGAUGCCAAUUCGGUGAAUGCUGCAUAUCCUGGAUAUCCUAGUCAGGCUAGUCGAAGCAAUUCUGGAUAUCCUUCACAGUCAGGAUAUCCUUCACAAUCUGGAUACCCAUCACAGUCUGGAUAUCCUAGCCAGUCUAACCCAUAUGGUAAUUACUAUCCUGGAUAUAAUCAAGGUUACCCACAGGCAUAUCCACCUCAAGGAAACUAUCCUCAAGGGUACCCACAAGGAUAUCAGCAAGGUUAUCCACAAGGAUAUCCGCAAGGAUAUCAGCCUCCUCCUUCUCCUGCCAGUAAAAAGCCUAACUUUGGAGACCAGUUAACUAAUAUAGCUAAAGAUCUUGCUGGGAGAGUUUUAACUCAAGCGAUUAUAGAUAAAGUUAGUGGAAGAUCGCAUUAGAGUUUUAGAAGAUCUUAUAUAUUUUUAAGAUAUUAUUAUAUAUAUGAUUAAUUAUGCUUUCUUCGAGAUAAUCACUGCUUAUAGCGAUAUUACUCUAUGUUAAAUAGAAUUACUAACGAAUUGUAGAAAUAAAUUCUUCAGUAAGAUUUAUCAUUUACUGAUUA